CAUCCUAGCGCAACACCCAGUAAAACCGUGUCCUAUCGUUUCUUUGGAAAUUGUUGUUCCUGUGGUGCUUCCACGCCGGCCCCAUUCUUCACCAUUCUGGGUGAUCAAAGCUUGUCCUGGUUACAAUAUUUGCAUAAGUCAACUGCUCUUCAACUGUCCUGUCAAAGGUGCCCGCCCCAUCGAGACGUGAAUUGUUGGAGGAAAUUGAAAGUCGAGGAAGACGGUUUCUGUUUGUCUGUCCUAAUACGUGUCAUCAUAUCGACGUUCAACACAGAUGCCUCGCUGCACUGCAACCAUAAUUUAUUUGAAAACCCUAACAUGAAGAAGAGAAAGGUGGAUAAAUUUCGAUUAGAACAUCCUAGCGCAACACCCAGUAAAACCGUGUCCUAUCGUUUCUUUGGAAAUUGUUGUUCCUGUGGUGCUUCCACGCCGGCCCCAUUCUUCACCAUUCUGGGUGAUCAAAGCUUGUUCUGGUUACAAUAUUUGCAUAAUUCAACUGCUCUUCAACUGUCCUGUCAAAGGUGCCCGCCCCAUCGAGACGUGAAUUGUUGGAGGAAAUUGAAAGUUGAGGAAGACGGUUUCUGUUUGUCUGUCCUAAUACGUGUCAUCAUAUCGACGUUCAACACAGAUGCCUCGCUGCACUGCAACCAUAAUUUAUUUGAAAACCUUAUCAUGAAGAAGAGAAAGGUGGAUAAAUUGCCUACAUUUCCUGACACUCCGUCAAACACUGUGGAUAGAAACCGACAACAGGAACGCUAC